AAUCUUCACUGACUGACUUUAUUCAAUGCACAAUACUUUGUUUCUUUGUUGACGAGAAUCCCAGGCUUUCGAACAAUGCUAUCAUAAAUAUUUUUUCUCUGAUCUUGACUUGAAAUAACAUAAACCAAGUUUGUUAUCCCAAAGCUUGUUUUGAAUAAGGCAAAGGAUUCAUAUUAACGUAGAGACUCAGAAUGUUGAAUUAAUGAUUCGAUACCAAAGGAAAUUUAAUGCGGUCGACCAACUGCGUUUUCGUCUAUAGUGUUUCACCUGCAUGCAUGUGUUUCCUUAAACGCUGACAAACUUGUGAAUCCCUUUUUUUAUGGAAUAACAUCGAUUGUUUCCCGUUAUCUCGUCGACAGAUUCUUGAAGCUACAAUAAAAAAAAGGAGAGGAAUAACCAAUCUUAAAAAUAAAGUAAAUGUGAAUUCAGAAGAUAAUUGCAAGAGGAUUAAAAGUUGGUGAACCAAUUGUUCACCAUCAUUCAGGACUCUAUAGUGGAGCUUGGAUGAGAGAUCCACUUCGUCUUCUCGGUGCUGAUAAAAUAUGGUAUAUAAAUGGUCAUAUUGGAAAUAAGGUGUUGGAGUUUCAAACCAUGGAUCAUUUUAAAUCCGGUGUUGUUUCUAAAACGUACACUAUGCCAUACAAUAUUUAUGGUACUGGAUCAGUUGUCUAUGGUCGAUAUCUCUAUUUCCACAGAGAGGGAACUUGCAAAAUUAUACAAUAUGAUUUGGUUGAAGAACAAGUUAAAAAAGAGGCAUGUCCAAUUAUACAUAUAAAAUCAGGAAAUUACAGCUACCAAUGGGGUGGCAACACUGGGGUUGAUUUGUCUGUCGACGAGAGUGGUUUAUGGGUUAUAUGGGCUUAUAAAGGGUAUAAUGGACACUUAUGUGCUACGUUAGUGGACACUUUGACCCUUUCGCAUCUAUAUGGUUACUGCGGUAUUUCAUCAGAAUCAAAAGAUAAAAUGGGAAACGCAUUCGUGGCCUGUGGCAUAGUUUACAGCAUUGAUGAUUGCCAUAAAACCUCCACAACCAUCAACUACGCUUAUGAUACUGGAAAAAGAACUGGAUCUAAUCCAAAUAUAAAAUUCACCAACAAAUUUGGAUACAACACCAUGGUGACGUAUAACCCUCGUGAGAAGGUGCUGUAUGCAUGGGACAGAUAUCGUCAGAUUACCUACCCACUAGAGUUUGAAGAAUGAAAUCUUACAAUGAAAUAUUGGGUUUCGUACAACUUUAUAGCUUGGUAAGAAUCAUAGAUGUUAGAAAAUGAGCAUUGUAUUUACUUACUGAAUAUUCGCCUGUUAUUUUUUGGCUCUGAAUCAAUAAAUUCCAUUAAGCAUUGCUCUUUA